GUUGUUCCCCAGCCUCAGUAUCAUCACAGAGCUAACCCACCCGGCCAACAUGAGGUUUAUGCAGUUCAGAGCUAAGGACUGGUACUCUCUGGCUCUCUCUAAACUGGAGAAGGUAAAAUCAUCACUGAGCUGUACGUCAAGGCCGGGAUAUAGAGCAACACACUGGACAGCGGACAAAGCGCAUUUUAAAACCCCUAUAGGUCUAAGCCCUUAGAUUGCAAUAUAUACUAUGCUAACAUAUGGAAUUGUUUUAAGAUGGUCAUAAAUUGUACAAUUUAGACAUUUGAUUUUAGAACCCCUGUAGGUAUACCAUUUUAAAAUAAAUAUUUGAUGAAACAUUGCAUUUGGCCUUUACUGCUAUAGUCCAUAGAAACGCAUUGAAUAACACAUUAAUAUAUGGCAAAACAGACAGUAAAAAAAUGUAUCAUAAGGAACAAGGUUUUUGAAGUGUCUGUCCUAUAUCUGAGCGAUAUAUGAAAACUCGGGGGGAAACUAUUUUUUUAGACCCAUGUUUGGUCUCAUUAUUAUUUUGUACAUUUUACCCCCUAUGCACUUUUUGCAAUUUUUACAGCGCUGUACUUGGUUACCUUCAGACGAUCAAAUCAUGACGUCAGUGAUCUAAAUGGCAUAUUUAUCUUCAGGUCGGAAAGUCGGAGCGCUAGAAAGAGACCAGAGUUGGAAUUUCGAGUUGGAUGACCGUUCAAUACUAUUUUUCCCAGUCGGAGCUCUUUUUUUUUCUUAGAGUUCCUGGUUGUCUCGAGCGCACUGAAGUCGGAAGUCAGAGAUUUCCAAGUUUCAAGUUCCCAGUUAUUUUGAACACAGAAUGUCCCGGAUGUUGACGGAGAUCGCAUUCAUGCUGCCAAGCGUAAAUUAGAAGCUUGUUGUCGACUGUUCAAUGUGCUGCUCUAUAUCACGCAUUGGAUUGCCACAAGUCUUUUUACUAAUGAUUUCUUCAAACUAUUGUGUGUAGAUGUCUGUAGCUCUAUAAAUGCAACGUUUACACCAAUGUCUACACCAAUGUCUCUCAAAGGAUACUGACGUUGAGUAGUCUUCAAAGCAAAGGAACAGAUGGUUAUACAUAAUUAUGCAAAGAUUGGACAGUAGCCUACAUACAGUACAAGCAUAUAACAUUUCCACCUCCAUCUCAAACAACAUCAGAUGUUGGCCCUUUUCUAUGAGAAAUUAUCAUUCACAUUCAUAGACACACGUGGCAUGUAAAACUUUCAGGGGUAGUAUGUUUUGUGUAUGCAUCCCUUCCAUAUUGUUCCUGUUGCAGUUUGCCGUUCCCCUCAUACAACUAUCGACCACCAACUGUCUCUCUCUCAAAUAUCUUUACCUCUUCUUGAGUACCCCCAGCCAUUCUCAUUUCUAUUCCAGUUAUUACACCUGAAGGACUUGAUGCUUAGGUGACCAGUUGAAUCAGGUAUGCUGUACUGCAAUAUACCAAAUAAGUGGCUGGGCUACUCAAGAAGAGGUUUGGGGAAUGCUGUCAAGGAUACUGGUAAUUCACCCAAGAUACAGCCACCUCCAAAAUGAUUGGCACCCUUGAUAUAGAUGAGAAAAAAUACAGUAUAAAAUAAAUAAUACAAAUACUGAGCUAUAUUGUAUUCAAAAAAAAAUUGGGAAAUUAUAUUAUUUUAUACUAAUACAAUUGCUCAGAGAGAUUUUGUUUAACAAGUAAUAAAAAAAAACAUUCUCAAAAAGAUAGGCGUCAAAAUUAUUGUCACCCCUGUUUUCAAUACUCCAGCACCCACCCCUUGCAAGGAUAACAGCACUGAGCCUUUUUCAAAAAUAUUUUAUUAGAUUGGAAAACACAUUGGGAGGGAUUUUAGACCAUUCCUCCAUACAUAAUCUUUCCUUAUCCUUGAUUGCCUUCGAUCUGCGCUUAUGGACUCCACUUCAAUUCAAACCACAGGUUUUCAAAGGGGUUCAAGUUCGGAGACUGAGAUUGUCAUUGCAAAAUGUAGAUUUUGUGGUCAAUAACCAUUAUUUUUUUUAUUUUGAUGUGUGCUUAGGGUUAUUGUCUUUCUGGGAAUGUCACCGACAUUUUGAAUUGGUCAAGUCUACAAAGCUUAGUACACUCUGUUCAUAACAUAUUCUAGUUUUGGUAACAGAAAACUGUAUUGAGAUCGAAUGUUUCAUCGAUGAGAAAAUGUCGGCCUAGUUUCAUCUAGCGCCAUCUUCUCCCACUUCCCACCACUGGACUUCCUCUCAUCACCAUAUUUGGUGGUGAGAAGAAGUUCUAAAUGGAUGCUUCAGAUUUAUACAUCCUGUGAUCCUAACAUUAGUGUGUUGGUGUCCCUGACUGGUAUACAGUAUGUCUAUGGGAGCAGAAAGAGCUUUGUGAUUCCUGCAUGUAUUAAAGCGCUCUACAAAUAUGUAUUAAUAUUACUUAUUACUUAUUAGAAAGAGCGGGAGAAAGGCUCCAACCUGGCUUUCAUGUUCCGCCUGCCAUUUGCUGCCGGGAGGGUCUUCAGUGUUGGCAUGCUGGACACUCUCCUCUACCAGGUAACCAGGCAGAACCCACCUGUACUGUGCUGAAGCAGAGAGCAUAGGAAUGCUAUUGGAUGUAUACUCACUGUUGAUGUAGCUACCUAAUUAGAGGUUUUAUGGUACUGUAUACAGAGGCUAAUCUCUUUUAAUUAGCCUACAGAGGCUAAUUAAAACAAGGUUAUCUCUGUGGCACAGACUGGUUUUGCUAAAGGGCAUGUACUGGAGCGAUUAUAGUUAUUUAUUCCAAAAACAAUUACCCACCAGAUAUUUACUGUUAAAACCCUUAAUGGAAUAUAGAAUGUGUUCAUAUGUAUCCCAGUGUCCAUAGGAUAUAAUGCUAGUUUAAUUGGAUUGUGUUGAUUUCUGUAUUUCUGUAUGAUCAGAAAUGUCCCUUUUUAUUAAAUGACUGUGCACAAAAACACUCUUUGACAUAAUUUCCUUACCUUUUCUUCUGUUUGUCCUGGUCUGCCAUCCCAGUCAUUUGUCAAAGACUAUAUUAUCUCCAUCACCAGGCUGCUGCUGGGCCUGGACACCACCCCGGGCUCUGGCUUCCUCUGCUCUGUGAGUUACUCUCUGUUCGGGGUGCACCACAAUAGUCAAAAGUGGCUUCCUUCUCAUUCCAGAUGAUAGGCAAUAAGGCAAGGAUUCUCUUGGUUCAUCCCAAUAGUAUAAUGUGGCUUCCUCUCCUUAUGUCAGAUGAAAGGAAGGAAGACAAGGAGGCCUCUGUAGACUAUUAAGAUGCAGCCGUUGUACAGUACAGUAGUCCUAUGUGUGACAGCACAGCAGUUAAGAUCCGAGAAUAUACUCAGCAAACUGCCUAGUGCAGGCUUCCCUUGUCUGUCCAAAUCCUUAUAUUGACAGGUAAGUGACUCCAUUCGGUGUACUUCUCAUGGUUAUAGUGUAAUGCACAGUGUUUCUAGAAUCUAGAUCAAAUAUGGUGCUGCUGCAAGGAAUGUGUUUUUCCUGUAUAGAGAAAUGGAAUUAGAAAUGACCUCCUCCUUACCUUUUUAGAUGCAGAUCUCAGAGGAUGACCUGUGGAUCCAGACGUAUGGAAGGCUCUAUCAGAAACUGUGUUCCACUGUCGGUGACAUUCCCAUCGGCAUCUACAGGACCGAAUCCCAGAUGUCUGGUUCCUCCGAGGUGACCUCUAGACCCCAAGGCUGUUCUAAUAGUGUUACAUAAUUUGUUUGGCUGUAAAAUGCCAGUUUAGGUUGAAAGUUUGUGUUAAUUACAUAUUAUAGCGGCAUUGAUUAUUGUGUCAUUGUGGUUCAUUUGAAGUCGUGCUUUGUGUGUGUGUUUGUGUGUGUGUGUUCUUUCCUAAUUUGUUACAUUUACGUAUACAUGUUUAGUCUGCAUGCUUUCAUGAUUAUUUAAGCACAUUACAACACAGUAAGAGUCAUUGAAAUCAUUCCUCUUUCCUUUUUUAUUCGCCCAUAUGCAGCGCGAGCCAUACUCCCAGGUAAGUUCAGCCCCAUUUAUGAGAUUACAUGAUUUUUGAAAACCAAUCGAUAUUCAUUUAGCCAGAUUGAGGGUUCUAUUUAACCCUCCCGUUGUCUAGGGUCAAAAUGACCCGCCACUGUGUUGAACCAACUUUAUUUAAUUUUUAUAUUUUUUGGAUCAUUUGUGAGAAGGAGGCAGUGAUACUUUCUUUAAAGUCUCACUGCCUCCUUCUCACAAAUGAUCCCCAAAAUAUAAACAUUUAAUAAAGUUGGUUCAACACAGUGGCGGGUCAUUUUGACCCUAGGACAACGGGAGGGUUAAACAAACAUAAGCAAGGGGGCAAUUAUAAGCUGACAUAUUGAAUUGUUUUAAGAUGGUCAUUCCAUGGAUCAUUUAGGUAUUGGAUUUUUAAUUUUAGUUCCUCUUUACGUAUAAAAAAAUAAUAAAAAUAAAUGUAUUUGAUAAAAUAUUGAAUUUGACCUUUAUUACCAAAUCCCAAAGAAACGCAUUGAAUAACACAUUCAUAAAUUGCAAAAAAGAAUAAGUAAUAAGGAAAAAAGCUUAGAAGUGUCUGUCCUAUAUCUAGGAGAUAUAAGAAAGCUCAGGAAAUAUUAGUUUUUUUAACACGAAUUGAACCCCUUUUUUUUGGUAGGCACAAAACGACCUCCAUACUUCCAUUCAUUUUUUUAAAAACUAGUCCGUGACAUUUGUGUUGGUUGUAGAGCAAAGCUGUGAAUACCAUCGUGUUUGUGAGAGUCUCAUCCUUCCAUAGAGUGGUCAUACUGGUUUGUAGGCCAAACCGUUUUCAUGAGAAGACCGGUUUUCGGGAUGUCUCAUGUUCUGACAAACAUCGCUGUAGCUCGGCCACCUUCCACCGCAGAUGUGGAAGGCCGCCAUAGGCGGAUGGGGUGGAUUGAGACGCUGCCCAUACAGUGCUGUGAAAAAGUAUUUGCCCCCUUUCUAAUUUUCUCUACUUUUGAAUAUUUUUGAUACUGAAUGUUCAGAUCUUUAACCAAAACCUAAUAUUAGAUAACGUGAACCUGAGUGAACAAAUAGCACAACAAUUACAUACUUAUUUCAUUUAUUUCAUAAACAAAGUUAUGCAACACCCAAUGCCCCUGUGUGAAAAAGUAAUUGCCCCCUUACACUCAAUAACUGGUUGAGUCACCUUUAGCUGCAAUGACUUCAACCAAACGCUUCCUGUAGUUGUUGAUCAGUCUGACCUCGCUGUGGAGGAAUUUUGGACCACUCUUCCAUACAGAACUAUUUAACUCAGCGGCAUUUGUGGGUUUUCAAGCAUGAACUGCUCACUUCAAGUCCUGUCUCAACAUCUCAAUUGGGAUUAGGUCUGGACUUUAACUAGGCCAUUCCAAAUCUACAAAUGUGUUGCUUUUUAGCCAUUUUCAUGUAGACUUGAUUGUGUGUGUUGGCUCAUUGUCUUGCUGCAUGACCCAGCUGCGCAUCAGCUUCAGCUCACAGACAGAUGGCCUGACAUUCUCCUGUAGAAUUGUCUGAUACAGACCAGAAUUCAUGGUUCCUUCUAUUAAGGCAAGUCGUCCAGGUCCUGAGGCAGCAAAGCAUCCCCAAUUUAUUUUUUAGAAUGUGCCUCGCCCAUAGGCAAUGAUACAAUUGACAGAAGCCUAGUAUUUUGUAUAGAUGUGCGAAUGUUUUGCGUGAAGACAAAGCAUACCCAAACCAUCACACUACCACCACCAUGCUUGACCGUUGGUAUAAGGGUCUUACCGUGGAAUGCAGUGUUUGGUUUUCGCCAGGCAUAAUGGGACCCAUGUCAUCCAAAAAGUUCUACUGUACUUUUGACUCAUCUGUCAAUUAUGUCUGGCAUCUAUACAAAGUACUAGGCUCCUGUCAAUUGUAUCAUUGCCUAUGGGCGAGGCACAUUCUAAAAAAAUCUGCCAUUGUUAUGGUAUUAUAGGAGGACUGAAUAAUUUGGAGGAGAGCGCCUGAAUAGCCUACUUGGCCAAGCAAAAUUAAGUAUGUGAAUUAUGAAUCAUGAAAAAGCAACAACAACAAAAAAGCAAAAACCUUUAUUUAUUUCAAGGCACUCUCAGGCUACUUGGCUAAUGCAUGGCCAGGAUAUGUGAAGCUGCUAAACCAGCCUUGAUUAAGGGGAGGGUAGGCUAUUCUUGGUUUUUAUGGGGGGAAACCAAUAAUAAUCUCUCGUUCCAUGGGCACUGUGCAUCCCGGCUGGAUAGGCUGCGUUUUCGCUCUAGAAAUCCAUGCCAUUACUAACUGUGUUACAGUUAAGACCUGCUUGUAGUGGGUCUUAACAUUUUCCUUUAGCACUGCAUGAAAUUGUCCUUUUUGCGCUUGAUUUUAAGGACACGCCUCAAAUAUUACCACCCCUCCCACCUCAGCGCAAGUGAGCUGAUGUUACACAGGUAAAUUGGCUAACCUGGUAUAAGGGGUGGAAAAUGCUAGCGUGCCAGUUCUUACAUGACGAAAUUGCAAACUGAUGUGCAUUUGACUCUUACACCUCCUUAGCGUCAGCCGAAAAUAGAGCCCUAAAUCUCAUUUUAGUGCAGAUGAAGUUGGAUUUCCUCCCCUGUAAUAUGUCUUGGUUAAAUUGUGCUUGACAAACGUGGUGAGAUUUGCUACUAGUGGUAAUAUCAGUAAGAAAUCAUCGUCAAACCCACUUAUAAAUUGUCUGGCCUCGCUCUUGAUCAUUUGUGAAACUUUUUGGGCAUCAAUUUAACUCCAUUUUUCUGUAUAUGUUUUACUUCGCUUUGUUCUGGUCAUUUCAUUUGACCCUGUUUCACCAUAGACAUACCAUGGACUUCAUUCAUUUACAGUGGGGAAAAAAAGUAUUUAGUCAGCCACCAAUUGUGCAAGUUCUCCCACUUAAAAAUAUGAGAGAGGCCUGUAAUUUUCAUCAUAGGUACACGUCAACUAUGACAGACAAAUUGCGGAAAAAAAUUCCAGAAAAUCACAUUGUAGUAUUUUUAAUGAAUUUAUUUGCAAAUUAUGGUGGAAAAUAAGUAUUUGGUCACCUACAAACAAGCAAGAUUUCUGGCUCUCACAGACCUGUAACUUUUUCUUUAAGAGGCUCCUCUGUCCUCCACUCGAUACCUGUAUUAAUGGCACCUGUUUGAACUUGUUAUCAGUAUAAAUGACACCUGUCCACAACCUCAAACAGUCACACUCCAAACUCCACUAUGGCCAAGACCAAAGAGCUGUCAAAGGACACCAGAAACAAAAUUGUAGACCUGCACCAGGCUGGGAAGACUGCAUCUGCAAUAGGUAAGCAGCUUGGUUUGAAGAAAUCAACUGUGGGAGCAAUUAUUAGGAAAUGGAAGACAUACAAGACCACUGAUAAUCUCCCUCGAUCUGGGGCUCCACGCAAGAUCUCACCCCGUGGGGUCAAAAUGAUCACAAGAACGGUGAGCAAAAAUCCCAGAACCACACGGGGGGACCUAGUGAAUGACCUGCAGAGAGCUGGGACCAAAGUAACAAAGCCUACCAUCAGUAACACACUACGCCGCCAGGGACUCAAAUCCUGCAGAGCAAGACAUGUCCCCCUGCUUAAGCCAGUACAUGUCCAGGCCCGUCUGAAGUUUGCUAGAGUGCAUUUGGAUGAUCCAGAAGAGGAUUGGGAGAAUGUCAUAUGGUCAGAUGAAACCAAAAUAGAACUUUUUGGUAAAAACUCAACUCGUCGUGUUUGGAAGACAAAGAAUGCUGAGUUGCAUCCAAAGAACACCAUACCUACUGUGAAGCAUGGGGGUGGAAACAUCAUGCUUUGGGGCUGUUUUUCUGCAAAGGGACCAGGACGACUGAUCCGUGUAAAGGAAAGAAUGAAUGGGGCCAUGUAUCGUGAGAUUUUGAGUGAAAACCUCCUUCCAUCAGCAAGGGCAUUGAAGAUGAAACGUGGCUGGGUCUUUCAGCAUGACAAUGAUCCCAAACACACCACCUGGGCAACGAAGGAGUGGCUUCGUAAGAAGCAUUUCAAGGUCCUGGAGUGGCCUAGCCAGUCUCCAGAUCUCAACCCAUAGAAAAUCUUUGGAGGGAGUUGAAAGUCCGUGUUGCCCAGCGACAGCCCCAAAACAUCACUGCUCUAGAGGAGAUCUGCAUGGAGGAAUGGGCCAAAAUACCAGCAACAGUGUGUGAAAACCUUGUGAAGACUUACAGAAAACGUUUGACCUGUGUCAUUGCCAACAAAGGGUAUAUAACAAAGUAUUGAGAAACUUUUGUUAUUGACCAAAUACUUAUUUUCCACCAUAAUUUGCAAAUAAAUUCAUAAAAAAUCCUACAAUGUGAUUUUCUGGAUUUUUUUUCCUCAUUUUGUCUGUCAUAGUUGACGUGUACCUAUGAUGAAAAUCACAGGCCUCUCUCAUCUUUUUAAGUGGGAGAACUUGCACAAUUGGUGGCUGACUAAAUGCUUUUUUUCCCCACUGUAUAUGGCUUUGUGUUUUGAUUGUACUCAGUCACAGCUCUCGGUAUGUGUGGAGGACUUUGACGACGCCAAGGAGCAGACCGACAUAGAGCUUCCCCCUGUGACCAGAGGGCUCCACCGCAGCUCCACCUCCAGCGACCCAUUGGACGGGAAGGCCCCCCUGCUGAGGAGGAAGAGCAUGCAGUGGGUGCGAAAGCUGAGCCGGAGAGGCACACGGGGGAACCAGAGGGGGGCUCAGAAGGGGGGCCAGGAGGGCCUGGGUCUGAGGGCCAGACGCUCUGAGAGACAGGAGCUGGCUGAGCUGGUCAACAACCGGAUGAAGAGCCUGGGACUCUGUGCCACGGCUUACGGUGAGAGACCACACAUGGGGAGGGAGGUCUUUUGGGGAUUGCUAGUUGAGUUUCCUGGAAUAGAAAGCAAAACUUGUUAUGUGUUUGAAACAUGA